AGAUCCCCCUUACGUGGCUGUUGGUCCUUCCCCGGCGUAUUACUCGACUCUAUAAAUAGCUGGCAUUAGGCAGCCGGCGGCUGGGGGAAGGAAGGUGUUUGGUUUGUGUCGCAGUAUUGGAGAGCACUGAUCAUGGAGCGGACAGAAACACACAAAUCUCACAGCUUGACGGAUGUAAUUCAAGGUUUGCACCAGAUUUUCGCCGGUGACAAAGUCGAUGUGGACGAAGUGCAAGCUUUGAUGGAAUCCUACCAAAGCGACCCCCGCGAGUGGCUGAAAUAUGCCAAAUUUGACCAAUACAGAUACACUAGAAAUCUUGUUGAUGAAGGAAAUGGAAAGUUUAAUUUGAUGAUACUGUGCUGGGGUGAAGGCCAUGGCAGCAGUAUUCAUGAUCACGCUGAUUCCCAUUGCUUCUUAAAAAUGCUUCAGGGACAGUUAAAAGAAACUAUCUUCAAUUGGCCUGGUGAUGGAAAAAAAGAACUUACCAAGAACAAUGAGACCAUCCUUCAAGAAAACCAGUGUACUUACAUCUGUGAUUCAAUCGGGGUACACAGAGUUGAAAAUGUGAGUCACACAGAGGUGGCCGUCAGCCUUCACUUGUAUAUUCCUCCCUUUGAUUCUUGCCACUGCAUUGAUGAAAGAAGUGGACAUAAAAAGAAAGUGAGAGUUACUUUCACAAGCAAAUAUGGAGAGAAAGUUCCUCUUGCAAAUGCUGUUUCUGAAGAAAACAACUGAUUCCUUGAAUUGCAACAUCACCUUGCUGGAAUUUGAGAUGCCAAUUUAACGUUGAUAUGAAGCCAGAGAUGCUUUCGUGCUUUGAGUGGAAGGAUGGAAAACGCCAUUUUGAUGGAACUAUUACAGAUGGAGCAAAAUUAAAUAAUUGCCAGACGAAAGAUUUUUAGAUGGUCUGAUUAGGCAAAUAUGAAUAAUCUUAAUAAAGGCAGUGUUGUGAUUUCCCUUUGGAGUUUUAAUUUCCUAUCGAUCGGCAUGAAUGAUUCAAUGUCUUCAACUGUAACAAAUUAUGUAAUUUAUCUGAAGAUUAUGUUCUUAAUACUAAGUAAAUAUCAGUAUUGACUAUUGUUGUAAUCUUAAAUUUAAAAAUAAAUGCCAUAAUCAUUGCUUAAUAUUUGGAUACUUAUUAUAGGUACUGACAAGUUGUAAUAUGAAUUUUGAUUAACAAAAUAUAUUUUCCUGCAACAAGACAAGGUGUAAAUGUACUGAUUUUAUUACAGGUCUCUUGAUGCUUCAUUUAACAAUUUCUAAUGUGAUUUAAAAAAAAUGUCUGUACUUGUAUAUAUGAAAAACUAGAUUUUCUUUUAGAUAUUACAAUAAUAAACUGAAUUUGUGAAA